AUGAGGGUAUAUUUUUCACAGAUGAAGACGUUCAUUUUAAUCUGCCUCUCGGCGCUGGUGAUGGUAUCCUCCGCCGACAAGCUGGAUGACCUGCUCAACACGGACAUGGAGAAGUUGUUGGCUGACGAUGCAGUUAGGAAGCAGGUCGUGGGGUGCAUGACUGAUGAGCUGCCUUGCGGAGACUACCAGGCCUACAAAGACAUGCUUCCAGACCUCAUAGCAACAAACUGCGGCAAAUGCACCCCAGAACAGAAGAAGAGGUACGAAGAAAUAAACAAGUUCGUGCUGGAGAAAUACCCGAAUGAGUACAACGCGGUAGUCAGCAAGUACAGACCUAAGUCCGAAUGAGAUUAAGAAAUUAAAUAUUUAC